GUUUACUGAGGGAGACUUGACAUAACAUCCUUUAUCUUCUAUGGCUACAUUAUGUAUGCAUAAAUCUGCACUAGUAUGCCGUGCUGUCACGCACCGGUAUUUGGUGAAUAUUUGCAAUUUAAAUAGCUAUACAUGUUUGACACUGCCGGCUUUCAAAAAAGAGACUCUCAGCGAAGAGAACAGGGCGCGCUGCGUCGCCUCGCUGCGGAGCUCGCGGCUGGGGAGGUUAGGUGCGCAGGACGCUGCGCAGGGACGGAAGAAGGCGGCGGUGCUGGUGCCGCUGUGCAUUGUGGGCGGCGAGCCCGCGCUGCUCUACACCUUGCGCAGCUCGCGCCUGCGACGGAACGGCGGCCAGGUGUCGUUCCCCGGCGGACUGCAGGACGAGGGGGACGCCGGUCUCCGAGACACGGUGCUGCGAGAGACGCGCGAGGAACUGGGGAUCAGCGGGGACGUGGUGGACGUCUGGGGACACGGCCCCUUCCUGCCGGCGGCCGACGCGAGUGUCUGCGUGCGGCCCUACCUGGGGUACGUCGGAGAAAUAGACAUCGCGCGGUUGGCCGUGAACGACGCGGAGGUCGCCCAAGUGUUCAGCACGCCUUUGAGAACGCUGUGCGAUCCCGAGAAUUUUGCCUUCACGCAGUUCCGUAGUGGGUACGUUAUUCCGGUGUAUCGGUGCGCGGGACACAGGAUUUGGGGUCUGACGGCAUUGAUAACACACUUGGUACUUGCGUCAUUGCUGCCAAAUAUCUACAGAAACAAACUGAAACUAAUACCUCAUUUAAAAACUUGAUAAAAAUUUUAAAGAAACUUUGGGGUUGUAAUAUAUUUCACCAAUUAUGUUUUAUAGGUUAUAAUCAUUUCAUUUGUUCUGUUAACACCAGAGAAAAAUGUAAAAAACUUUAGGGUUGUAAAAUACAAUUUUACCAAUAAUGUUCUGUGUGUUGUCGCUAACUGGAAGGGGGCGGUUAAACCUCAGAUCUGUGUCUUGGCACUUUUAACUUGGGAAAGGCCUCCCCCAGAAAUUUGGACAAAUAAUUUAUUCAAACCAAUGUUAUGCCGACCUGUAGUUUAAAUUUAUACAUUUUUUUGGUAAUGAAUUAAAAAAAAAAUAUAUAUAUAUAUAUGUUGAUAUUUUUAUGAUAAAUUAUAUUUGGAGGCAAUUUUAUUUAUUGACUAGCACUUUAAAAUACAUAUUUAAGACUAAUUAAUUCCUCCUCCUACCCAUUAAUGUACAUAUUUUUCACAGAAAGCUGGACAAACAAGAAAGAUAAAAAUGAAAAGGGCUGGUGUGGUAGCCGCCCCUGUAAGCAGCUACAUAGUAUCAUAUAGGUACUAGGGAUGUGCUAGUUUUUGAGGAAUAUUCAGUAUUCAUGAAUAAUUUGGUAUUUAAUUUGAAAUUUCAAAUCAGUAAAUUUUUCUUUAAUAAUUCUUAACGAAUAUAUAUAUCAGAACUCAUUCACACAAAAAAAAAAAAUUAAAUGAAAAUAGUGUAAUAUGGAUGAAGCCAAGAAGAUUUAUUCACAAAUUUGAAUAUGCAUUCUGUGGUUCGGCACCAAAUGAAUCACUUACGUUCAGAUGUUUUCAGGUGUUACUGCACUGCUGCUGUUUUUAAUAUGCUCAGAGAUUAUCAUUACUGUCAGAGUUUAUUUCAGUAGUUUUUUUUUUGUUCUAUGGCUGAUCAAAAAUAGUUUUGUAUGUACUUUAACUGGCUUUUUUUUUUGUUAAAUAUAUUAAAGGGUAGACAUUAAAUUUUUUUAGAAUUACUGUUAAAUUACAUUAUUAUUUAUGUACUUCGUAAAAGACAAAUUGUAAAUUGUCCCAGUGUUGAAUUUUGUACGUGUAUAAAUCCAUGAGACUGGACAUACCGUGUUAACAUGAUAAUGUGCUUCAUGAAUUUUUUAUUUUUGUAGAAUUUUUUUUUUGCCUUAGCUGUUCAUACAAAGUACACAGUAUACUGAAAUAUGUGUUCCAAGCCCACAAUGAGUUCUUGAUCAGUAAUGCUUAUCCAUUCUUUUUCUUGCUAUAGAACAGAUUAUUUCAACUUGUUUUAAGUACCACUGGACUAUAUAUGAAUUAUUUUGUCUUUCAAUUAUAUAUAGACUGUCAAUAAUCCAACAAGGCAGUGAUUUCAAACGUGAACAAUUAGAGAGCCACCGGAAAACAUUUACAAAUUUAAAUUUUGCUGACUAUAAUUUGUAUACAAAGAAUAUAUAAUUCUUAAUUUCCGAAUACUUACCAUAUAUACCAGCGUAUGGGUAGAAUAUAUUUUAAGCCGAUUUUUAGUGUAAUAAAAGUACUGUAACCCAUAUGCGAAUUUUGGGUUAAAAAAAUUGUACAGUAAGGGGGAAUUUUUUUUUUUUUUUUUUACAGUAUGGUGAAUAUGCAGGGACUGGAAGUAACGCGCUACUAGUAACGACGUUAUUUGUAACAGUUA